AUGGCGGACUACCUAGAAUCACUUGCAGUUAAAUCAUCAAAUGGUGAUGGUACCGCUUUCAUGGAAAUAGUGAAAGAGUUCCCAUGUAUAUAUAACAGAAGUAACACCCAAUUUAAAGAUAAAAAUUUGAAAAGUAAUGCGUGGAAACAGAUUGCAACGUUGCAUGAAGGGGAAGGAGUGAGUGUCGUCUGUGUCGAUUCGUGCAAACAAAGAUACGAAAGUAUUCGCACUACUUUUUCGCGUUAUCUGAAAAAGUGUAAACCACCUUCAGGGUCAGGCAGUGAUAUGGUAGUGCUGGAACCCAAAUAUGAGCAUUUACGCUGGCUGACAUCGUUUAUCAAGUCACGCUCGACUUCUUCAAAUAUAAAACUCAAUGCUGUGCAGAUAAAUGAUGCAAGUCAUGCAUUCAUUGAAGAGGAAAGCGAGCAAUUGGGUUUAUUUGAUGAUAUCGAUGAUGAAAUUACUGGGGAAGCCUCUCACAGGCAUGUUUAUUUAAACAUUUAA